AUGACUUCUCUCAACGCGCGCAUGGCGAAGCUGAACCCAUUUGCCUCGAAGCCAUCGCGCAAGAUUGAUGAUGAAGACGCCGGUGACGUGAUUGACGCCUCAACUGUCGCCGGCGGCGGGCACGCUGCCCUUGAGACCGAGGUGACUAAGCACCAACUGCGAGUCAGCUCGGCGCUCAGGGAGUUCCUCGUGAGCAAGGACGUUCUAUCUGAGAAGGAAGCCGGCCUGGAGAAUCCCUCUGAAAUGACCGAACCGCUACACGAUCUUGUCAACAAAGACCACAUCAAUGUUCCGUCAUACGUUACCGACAGAUCACAUCCCCUGCCCGAGUAUUUCAUCAGUUCAAGCCAUAACACGUACCUGCUCGCUCACCAACUAUACGGCACUUCGUCGGCUGAUGCAUACAAGACAGCAUUGAGAACCGGAUCUCGCUGCGUUGAAAUUGACGCCUGGGACGACGAAGACAACAAGGACGAACCGAAGGUCACGCACGGAUACACGCUCGUCUCUAACGUCCCGUUCCGCGCAGUAUGUGAGACGAUCCGUGACGUUGUUGACGAGGAAGCCGCCCAGUCUAAGUCUCGGCCAGGACAUCGAGCAGCUCCGGUUCUAUUGUCACUAGAGAACCACUGUGACGCACAUGGCCAGCAACGUCUCGUCGAGAUCAUGAAAGAGGUGUGGGGUGACCGCCUGUUAAGCAAAGCAGUCCGCCAGAAAGGCCACGACGAGCAACAAGGCACAGGCGAACAGGUCACGCUCGAAGAACUUGGCUCUAAGAUUGUCGUGAUCGUCGAGUACCACUUCCCGAGCGAACCAAAGGACGAGGACGAGAACGAGGACGACACCUCCUCCGAUGACGACGAAGAGACAGCACAGGCCCGAAAAGCCUACAACGAGAAGAAAAAGGCAGCGCCCACGAUCAUCGUCCCCGAACUCGCCGAGCUCGGCGUCUACGCUCAGUCCGUGAAGCCUCGCGACAACUCCUGGUUCACCGAAGACGGGCUGAAAGACGCACCGCACCACCACCUCAUCAACAUGUCCGAGACGGGCCUCCUGACGCACCUGCCGGCCGAGUCUCACAAGAUCGCCCGCCACAACGCCGUCCACUUGAUGCGCGUAUACCCUAAGGGCACGCGCAUUUCGUCACGCAACCUUAAACCGGUCGCAUUCUGGGGCAUCGGCGCGCAAGUCUGCGCCCUCAACUGGCAAACCUUCGGGGCAAGCAUCCAGCUCAACGAGGCCCUCUUCAGCGGCUCGGACGGCUUUGUUUUGAAACCCGCCGCGUUGAGGGCCGGUGGGAACGGCGUCCUCAACACGGGCCGUCGGAAAAGAUUGCGCCUGCAUGUGGGAGGAGCGUGCGACGUCCCCGUGCCCGAGGGCCGCGAAGCAGACGACAUCAAACCCUACCUCACGUGCACGCUAUACCACCCCGAUUUCCUGACCGACGACGACAUCCCCAAGCGCAAGACCGGGCACUACAAACAGCACAAACUCGGUCUCGUGCACAAGUGGGCGAGUUCCGCGGCUACGGAUCCCAUCUGGGACGAAGUUCUCGAGUGGGAGUACGACGACAACGAAUUGGUAUUUCUCCGACUGUUGAUCAAGAGCGAUGACGCCUUCGCGAGGAAUCCCAUUCUGGUGGUCUCGGCGGUGAGGCUAUCGUACGCGGUGGAGGGGUGGAGUUUCAUUCGCAUGCUGGACCUGAAAGGACGGGAGACGCGUUGUUCGUUGUGCGUGAGGUUUGAGGUUUUGGACGUGUAG